AUGGACAGAGUGUAUUUGGAUGACAGUGGAGAACUGGCAGCCGACUUGGACAUUGUGAACUGGGUGGUGUUUCCCAAUAACUCUGUCCUUAAGGUGAAGUUUGGGAAUCUGUACAGAGAGGGAUCCCCAGACCUACACUUCACCAUCAACCAGGAUGCCAUUGUGUGGCCUAAAUGGCUCAACCAGACCCUGCCUUCUUCCAGGUGUGUGGAAAGCUGCCGCCCUGGAUUUGUCAAGGUGGUUCAGGAAGAAAAGCCACUUUGCUGCUAUGACUGCAUUCUCUGCGGGGAAGGGACCAUCUCCACUCAGGAAGAUGCAGAGUGCUGCUCCAAAUGUCCAGUAGAUCAGCAUCCAAACAAGGACAAAGAUCAGUGUAUCCCCAAGACUAUCAACUUCCUGGCCUAUGAAGAUUCUUUGGGGAUCUUCCUGGCUUGUCUCAUCCUGUUUUUGUCCUUGACCACAGGCUUUGUUUUAGGUACUUUCAUUGCAUUCCAAGAAACUCCUAUAGUCAAAGCCAACAACAGGGACCUCUCCUACAUCCUCCUCAUCUCCCUCCUGCUUUCCUUUCUGUCCUCCUUCCUCUUCAUCGGCCACCCAAGGAAAGUGACCUGCUUUCUCAGACAAACAGCCUUCAGCAUAAUCUUUUCAGUUGCUGUCUCUUCUGUGUUGGCAAAAACCAUCACUGUGGUGCUGGCCUUCCUAGCUACAAAGCCAGGGAACAGAGCGAGGAGAUGGCUAGGGAAGAGUCUGGCUAACUCCAUUGUCAUUUCCUGUUCCAGUAUCCAAGUUAUCAUAUGCACCAUCUGGUUGAGAAUCUCUCCCCCAUUCCCAGACUCUGACAUGCACUCCCAGCCUGGAGAGAUCAUCCUGCAAUGCAAUGAAGGGUCUGUCACCAUGUUUUAUGGUGCCCUGGGCUACAUGGGUUUCCUGGCUUCCAUCUGCCUCAUGGUGGCUUUCCUAGCCAGGAGGCUGCCUGGGGCCUUCAAUGAAGCCAAGCUGAUCACCUUCAGCAUGCUGGUCUUCUGCAGUGUUUGGAUGUCCUUCGUGCCCACCUACCUGAGCACGAAGGGGAAAUAUAUGGUAGCUGUGCAAGUAUUCUCCAUCUUGGCCUCCAGUGCUGGGCUUCUGGGCUGCAUCUUCAUGCCCAAGUGCUACAUAAUUGUCCUGAGGCCUGAUCUGAAUACAAAGACACAUUUAACAACAAGAACAAAGGCAGAAAUCUGA